AAGUGUGUCCUCCGCGACGCCGGGUCGAGAGCGCCAUGGAAGCCUGAGAAGGCGAAGGAGGAGCGAGAGAGAGAGAAGGCCGUCGCACUCCCCCGCCCCCGUCGGUGUCGCCCUCGGACGCGAGCGAACGGGCGGCGACGUCGGCGCAGGAUGGGCAGGACUCGCUCCCGGGGACUCCGAUGGGGAGGACGCUCGGCCCUCGAGGCUCUGCGCGGCGGCGGCGACGGCGGCGCCCGGGGCUGGCGGCGCCUGUGAACUGUGUGUAGUGAUGUGAGUGGCUCCCGCGAUGGAGGAUUAUUUCUACCUGGAGGAGGCGGCCUACCCCAGCGCGGCCUACCGCGGCACGAAGGCCGACUUCGAGGACGUCCAGCCGGGCGCCAGGCAGGACGCCGUGGGCAGCGGGGGCGCGGCAGCCCCGGGGGACGCCGAGGGCUACGAGCUCACUCUGCUCGAGUCCCCGUGCGUCUACGACGUGGCUCAGUACCCCGGCUACCCCGGCGGGGCCGGCGACGCCCCCUACGCCGGCUCGCCGCACUUCGCCCCGCACUUCAACCAGGGCUGCGACUUCAACGCGGCCCUCGGUAAGAAUCCGGCGCCCCUCCCGACGAAGGACCUCGGCCUGAACCUCCUGCAGGAGCCGGCGCCGCACGCUGCCCCGGAGAGAGAGAAGGUCCCGCCGCACAGGACCUUCGUGCGACCGCAGCGCCGCAGGAGGCACCGGCCCCUCGGCAAGGAGAUCGUGCGCACUCGCAGGGUCGCCGCCAACGCCCGCGAGCGGCGCCGCAUGCACGGCCUCAACGACGCCUUCGACCGCCUGCGGGAGGUGAUCCCUUGCCUCGGCAGCGACAGGAAGCUCUCCAAGUUCGAGACGCUGCAGAUGGCGCAGACGUACAUCGCGGCGCUGCAGGAGCUGCUCAAGACGUCGGGGGCGGCGAGGUGACGCGGCCAAGGAGCGCGGGCGAAGGGGAAGGCGCCGCGAGUGUUGUGCAAGGACUCAGGGGGCGUGAAUGGCCAGUGGAAGGACCUCAGAAGGACUCUCGAUCCUCUCGAUCUUGGAAAGGGUGAAGCAAAAGGACUCGACGCGCGUCCGCCUUGGAGUCCCUCGCCGGAAAAGGACGAAUCCGCGCCCGAGUGGAGGUCUGGCGGCGAAGUGCGGAGCGAAAGAGGAUUGUGAAAGCUUUAACUAAUAUUAUCGUUGAUUUUAUAGCUCGUUAAGGACUGAGACAGUACACGAAAAUGGAUCUUUACGAUUUUGUUUUUAAGUUUAUUCUUUCUUGGGAUAGUUUUCUUUUCUCGAAGGUGGCUUUAACAGCUUCAAUGUGUCAUGCUUAUUGAAGUGACUGGUGCCCACGUGUC